UUCUCAUCGUUUUCAUUUUUCUGCUCAAAAUCAUAGGCAGCAUGGUUGCUCCAUUGUAUUGUAAAAUGCCCUUGAACGAUGCAUUUGUGCUUGCUCUCAUUCUAAGCUCCAGAGGCAUUGUCCAACUUUCCGUCUAUACUCGAUUCAAAGACGAUCAGACUGCAAGUGAAUCGGUACAUGCUUUGAGUCUUGCUAGCAUUGUAGUGACUGCAACUCUUGUGCCCAUUGUCGUGAACCGCCUCUAUGAUCCUGCAAAGAAAUACAGAGUCUACGAAAGAAGGGAUAUUAUGCAUUUGAAACCCAAUGCUGAGCUCAAAAUUCUUGCCUGCAUUCACAGGUCAGGUAACAUUCCUCCAGUCAUCAAUCUACUUGAUGCAGCAUGUCCAUCUAAAGAAAACCCCAUUGAUAUAUAUGUUCUUCACCUCAUCGAACUAAUUGGAAGAAGCUCCCCAGUUUUUAUCUCCCACCAAAUGCAGAAAAGAGCAUUUCCAAUGGUUACUCGGACAAUGUCAUUCUUUACUUCAAUAAUUUCGUGAGAGAAAAUCUUGGUGCUGUUACUUUAAACAUA